AUGCCGCGCAGCAGCAGAGAGCGGAGGGGAAGCGCUCACCUCUUUCGUACGUCUUUUAGCCUCUCGUCGCGUCCUUCUACUUCUUCUGCUUGCCGUCCUCCCUCUGCUUCACCCACCACCACCUCGUCCUCGUCCUCCCUCUCCCUGUCUCCACCCAGUCGAGAUGCCAUGUCUAACCGCCCUUCGUCGAGCAGGUCACGCGGUCCGCCGCCCAGGAUAGUGGUCAAGAAGGAGCCUGCCUCGCCUGACAUGAACACGACCUCCACCAGCAGCACCCGGCACCGUCCGCGCCGACUGGACCUAUCCAACCACAACAUCGUGCACUCCUCGGGCGCACUCACCGCCAGGCCGUCCGGCCAUGGCAGCGCCCAGUUCCAAGAUGUAGGCCUGGCCUGUCUGUCACCGGGCUUCCACACCCAGGACCCUACCAUGCGUUCGCAGCUCCAGCGAAGUCUGGACGUAAGAGAAAGGCAGCGGCAGAUCAUCGAGGCACGGCAGAAGCAUGGCGGCAAGGGAGCUCCUUCCGACGAAGACCUCCCACGCAACACUGAAGUGGGAGCUUUUGGACGCACCAUCAAGACCCCCCAGACGUCACGCAGAAAGGGUCCACCACCAGGUCUCACCAUUGCACCCCCAUCUCACCAGCAGUUUGCCAGCGAGCGUGUCAUUCAAUCAGCGCCCAUCAACCAAUCAUUCACCGGCCUACGCAGCAACGCGCCACCAUCCCGACAGCUGGCCAAUGGUCCGUCCAACUUGUCGCAUACGUCACAUAUCCAUCACGUGCCAGCCCUACAAACAAACAACCGGCUACCACCCAUCUCGGAUGUGUUCCCAGAACCCCUAGGAACUGCUCGUCAUCCAUACCAACACAGUAGUCCAGGUCAUUCCUCACAUUCGAACCAGCAGCCCCCGCUUCCCUCGCCUGGCUUCCCAUCCCAUCACCAUCAGCCAACGCCGCUGACUGCACGACCCCGCGAAUACAAGUCUGCCGAAGAAGCGGUCCAGUCGUUGUCCGGUGGUCGUGAGGACCUCCUACCCCGCCUUGUCCAUUACGGCGGACACCAGCCCCCAACGCCACCGUCGCCAAUGCCCAAAACCGGCUUGUCAGCAUAUCCCCCCCACGUUGACAUCGACCGAAGCGGCGGCUCAAGAAGACGUGGUCGCGAAGAAUACGAACGAGACAAUGGAACGCCCCCUCUUGGUCGCCAACAACCACGCAUCGGUCCUUUUGGAGCGGGCCGCGACUCGCCUGACACACAACUGAGGAAGAAAGAAGAGUUUAUCGGACUCUGUGCCAGAGCUUGGGAUUUGUUCCAUUCGUGA